UUGAAGAUAAGGAUUUAAAGCCACUCCAUUCAUUUCCCUCCUUCUAUCAUCACAACCCAUUUCCACUUUCACCAAAAAGAUUACAUUUUUACACUCAAAACUUCAAAAUCCAAUCUUCAUUUUCAUUCUUUUUCUUCUUUCUUUCUACCCUUUUGAAGCUUCCGAGGUGACACAGGAUGAACUGAUCCUGAAAAAUAAGAAAGUUUCAUAAUUCAAAUCCAACAUGAAUCCCAUAAUAUCAUGCUCUGUCGGAAAUUCUUCGGUUAUUCCUGGAGUUGCCUAUUUGACAAGAAAGAAUAACUCGUUAACUAGACUCAACUUUUCAAGGAGUUCUUUAAGACACGGGUCAUCAACUCGGAGAUUUCUCUUUCCUUCAUUUGUCGUCAAUGGAGUUUUUCCUCAGAACAAGCGAAUAUACUCUUACCGGAAAAAAUCUCGAACUUUCAUAUCAGCCACAGAAACGGAAGUAUCCGUGGAGGUACAAGAUUCACCUGUUGCCGAUGAAGUUUCUGGUGAAUCUCCUUCAAAUGAAGUUGGAACAAGUGGAGACUCAUCUCCUAAGUCCGAUGCCAAUACCGGUUCUGCGAAAGCCAAACGUUCAAGACGUGCAAGGAAAAGCGAAAUGCCUCCUGUAAAGAAUGAGGAUUUGGUUCCCGGGGCAGCUUUUACGGGGAAAGUAAAAUCUAUCCAACCGUUUGGUGCGUUUGUUGAUUUCGGAGCUUUCACGGACGGACUUGUUCAUAUUUCAAUGUUGAGUGAUAGCUUUGUAAAGGAUGUCUCAAGUGUUGUGUCUCUAGGACAAGAAGUUACGGUGAAGGUGAUUGAAGUGAACGCUGAAACUAAGCGUAUAUCUCUAUCUAUGCGUGAAAACACUGAUACUGGUAAACGUAAUGCACCGAACAAUGAUGAGAAAUCCGGCUAUGGGAGGAGGGAUUCUUCGAAAUCGGGUCCAAGGAAAGAUAUGAAAAAAACGAAAUUUGUUGUAGGUCAGGAGUUGCAGGGUACGGUGAAGAAUAUGACGAGGAGUGGUACUUUUAUAUCACUUCCUGAAGGAGAGGAAGGAUUUCUACCAUUAGCUGAGGAAGAUGACGGUGGAUUUGGGAAGAUAAUGGGAAAAUCUUCUUUGGAGAUUGGUCGAGAAGUUAGCGUACGAGUUUUGCGUAUCACAAGAGGACAAGCGACGUUGACUAUGAAGAAGGAAGGAGCUGCUGCAGAAUUGGACAUAGCAUAUGCACAAGUGGGUGAUGACGUCGCAACAAACCCUUUUGUAUUGGCUUUUCGUAGAAAUAAGGAUAUUGCUAAAUUUUUGGAUCAGAGGGAGAAACUUCAGAGUGAAGUUAAAUCAUCAACUACAGAAAUUGUGGAAGAUUCACUGGUCGAUUCCUCGACAACUGUUGUGGACGCUGAAGGCAACCAAGAAGGAAGUAUUAUAAAUGGUGCCGCUGAGAAGGAAACAGAGGCGAUUGCUGAAAGUCUGGCUUCAGAAGAAGAUUUAGAUGCUGUAAAUUCAAUUAUCGAGGAAGCUAUUCAGACAGAUAUUGCAACAAGCAACGUCGAAACUGAUUCACCGGUUGAAGUGGCUGAUGAAAGUUUAAUAGAAACUGACUCACUGGUUGAAGUGGCUGAUCAAAUUGUUGCGGAAGAUGAAAAACUAUCAGAAACUGACAAUGGAAAGGAAGAAUUUGUAGCUACAACCGAGGCAGAUAGGGAUGCAGUUGAGCCUGGCCCUGUUGUUACAGAAUCAGAGAUUACGUUAAGUGCACCAGCUCCUCAAGAAACACCAGAUGACAACGUUGCAGCUGUUCCAGAGAACAAUGAGAUUGAUGCUAAUUUGACUGGACAAAAUGGUGAUUUAUCCCCCGAGGAAAGCUUGAAUAAAGAUUUAACUGAAGAAAACAAUCAAGUUCCCUCUCCUGAAAGUCCUGCCACUGAAGAGGUGCAAGAACAAACACCUGUAUCAGCACAAGUUGAAGAUGAAGCGGUUGCAAUUGCAUCUGAAACAAACAGCAACUUAUCUGCUUCAGAUGAAGGCUCGAGUAAAGCAACUAUAUCACCAGCACUUGUGAAGCAACUUCGGGACGAAACAGGAGCUGGAAUGAUGGACUGCAAAAAUGCUCUUUCUGAAAGUGAAGGUGACAUUAUCAAAGCACAAGAGCUCCUUAGAAAAAAAGGCUUAGCGAGUGCAGACAAGAAAGCAACCAGAGCAACUGCCGAAGGAAGGAUAGGUUCUUACAUCCAUGACAGCAGGAUCGGUGUUUUAGUAGAAGUAAACUGCGAGACAGAUUUUGUCUCCCGAGGUGAAAUUUUCAAAGAGCUUGUCGAUGAUAUAGCCAUGCAAGUGGCUGCGUGCCCCCAAGUAGAGUAUGUUGUUACUGAAGACGUUCCCGAGGAGUUCCUGAAGAAAGAAACGGAGAUAGAAAUGCAAAAAGAAGAUCUUGCGUCAAAACCGGAGCAAAUAAGAUCAAGGAUUGUUGAAGGACGGAUAAGGAAAAGACUUGAGGAUUUAGCGUUGCUUGAGCAGCCCUACAUCAAGAAUGAUAAAGUGACAGUAAAGGAUAUGGUUAAGCAGACAAUUGCAACCAUUGGAGAAAAUAUGAAAGUUACAAGGUUUGUGCGUUUCAACCUCGGAGAAGGUUUGGAAAAGAAAAGCCAGGAUUUUGCUGCUGAAGUCGCCGCACAAACUUCAGCAAAAGCGGUAACUACUCCAGUGACAGAGGAGCCUGCUGCCGCAGAAGCCAAGGAGACUGAACCAAAGAAAUCCAAAGUAGUAGUCUCGGCCUCUUUGGUCAAGCAACUACGAGAAGAAACUGGUGCAGGGAUGAUGGACUGUAAGAAAGCUCUUGCUGAAACGGAAGGCGAUCUUGAAAAGGCGCAAGCAUAUCUCAGGAAAAAGGGUCUCUCAUCCGCUGAUAAGAAAUCCGGAAGACUAGCAGCUGAAGGAAGAAUCGGUACAUACAUUCACGAUGCACGUAUUGGUGUUCUAAUUGAAGUGAACUGUGAAACGGACUUUGUUGGCAGAAGUGAGAAAUUCAAGGAGUUGGUUGAUGAUCUUGCAAUGCAAGUUGCUGCUUGUCCACAGGUUCAGUUUGUAUCUAUUGAAGAUAUUCCCGAAACUAUUGUGACGAAGGAAAAAGAACUUGAGAUGCAAAGAGAAGACCUUGCUUCAAAACCCGAGAACAUUAGAGAGAAAAUUGUCGAGGGAAGAAUCUCAAAGAGGUUAGGAGAGCUUGCUCUUCUAGAGCAGCCUUUUAUUAAGGAUGACAGUGUUGUAGUGAAAGACUUGGUGAGGCAAAGUAUAGCUGCUAUUGGAGAGAACAUUAAAGUGCGGCGUUUUGUUCGGUUCACUCUCGGAGAAACAGUUCAAAAAGAAACAGCCAUACCAGCAUAGCUUACUAGGUUUUCAAGAGAAGUAAUCGUUGCAUUUUCAUAGGAAGAAGUAUGCGGCAGAGUGAGACCAAUUUUGAAACAGAAAUCUGCUUCUUCAUAAUAACCAAAUGUUGAUUAGGCGCGGACACGUUUUACUGAUCUGUAUCUGUAUUGAGGAUACAUGAGGACUGAAUUUUGUGUAAUUCUCUGUUGUUUGUGUUGAAAUUAUUAGUUGAUGCAUUUUUCAAUUACAUGUUUCAUUAAGGUUUGAAUUGUUUGUUUCAUUAAUUCUUGACAUUUGUUACUUAUCAUGUAAAUGAUAAUAAUCAUUAAUCAUUGAUCUGUUUGAAGAUA